AUGAUAGUCCGAGGGCAUUCCAGCCUUCUUAUUUUGGGCUCUGUUGUUAUUCUCUACUCAAGCCUUUCGAUCAUCCAGCUUGGAUUGUGCGUAGAGUCGAACCUCCUAGCGACAGACUCAUUCCUCGCAAGCUCUCGAAGGGAAUUUGUGAGCUCAAGCGAGAGUUACCUACCAAAGCUCCCGCCAUCCAGUUGGGGAAGGAAACGGCCGAGGUCAAGGGGAGAUCCAAAUCCUAUUCCACAAUCCAAUCCAUCAAGUUCAGCCCCACAAAAGGAAGAAGGGCCUAGUGCCGCUCGAUUCGCUCCACAUGAAUCUCAAGACUCCUCCAAGGAAAUGUCCAAGAUCGAUGAACCCGCGCGCAAGAAACCUCUUUUCGAUCUCAAUGUCGCCUUGGACAUGAACGGCGAGCCUUUGGACCAAUUCUCAAGCGUUUCAGCGGGGCCAAGCUUUUCCAAUGCAAGACCAAAUUCGCCGUCACCCGACGUUGAGCACCACUUACAAGCAAGCUCAGAGGUGACUAGACAGUGGCUGCCUCCGAUUCAGAUUUCGAGUGGACCGAUAGCUGAAGAACAGAGUGCUCAAGAAACAAGUGCUCCGGAAAAAAGCGUCCAAGAACAAAGCGCUCAAGAGAAAAGAGCAGAAGCAAAACGUGCUCACAGAAAACGUACUCGAGCAGAAUGUGCUCAAAGGAAACUUUUUCAAGCAAAACUUAUCCAAGCUGAACGUGCCCAAGAAAAACCUCCUCAAGAACCACGACAUUGGUCCAGAGAAAGAUUUUCGACAGUUGACCUGGAGGAACCCAGUAUCCCCUUGGGCAACUUGAAGCGAUUUCCAAAAUUCGGCGCAGAGGUAUCAACGGCUGCAUAUUUUGCAUCAAAGUUUGAAGGAAGGAUAAGAGAAUACGAUUCGAUAAUUCGCGUUCAUUCGAUGCUAGAGGAACCUGCUACAGCAGAUUUGCCGCUGAUUCAUAUGGAGAUCUACGCGGAGAUGAAAAACCAAGAGGACCCAAUUAAAUCAAUUUCUGGUAUUCGACGACCCAGAGGGCAAAUGAAGAGAGCAACCGCUCUACUGAAUUUGUUGAAGCCAUUGACAAGAUGGAUUUUAUUCACUCACACGGCUCUGUUAAGGCAUUACGAACUGCCACUAGAUGAGCAGAAGGUCCGCUGCAAGGCUCUGUUUUCCUGGUUGCUUGCCGAAGUAUUCGAGCAUACUAACUGUCCGCCUGUUUUGGGCAUUUUUCCGGGGGUCUCUCGGGAGUAUGACAUGAAGUAUCGGCCCAUCCAACGAAGAAUCAUCGAAUAUCUCACUCACGAAAGAUAUAUCGAACAUGUCUAUCCCGUCUCGCUGGCUGUCGUUGGUAUUUGGUCCAAGACGUUUGACCGCCAGUCCUGGAAUCAGCACGUCAAGUCUGAUCAAAUUUAUUGGAAACUCAUCCAAGAUUUAACCCAAAAAUUUAGCCCUUCAAAAGAAAGUCUUCAGCCCUGGGAUGAUCUUAACCCACAUCUCUCCCACGAGGGGAGAAUAGGCAAUUUCGAGAUCAUUGAGCUUGCUACAUUGAUCCCAGAAGCUGUACGAGUCGAGCUUGAGUCAACUUGGAGAGCGAAAUCACUUGAUCCUCCAAUCGUUGCGGAGAAAAAAAUUCUAAAUCAAGUUAGAGAAUUGUAUGGGAACUUUCCUGGACCAGGUAAACCAAACAAGUUCGUUUGUUCAACCCUCCCUGUGGCUGUGAAUACGAUGGCGAGAGAGGGAAAAUACGCAUACGCGUUAAGACUUGUUGAGCCCGGUGAUCAGACCUUGCCAUGGUUUUCACUCGUGGAAAGGAUAUCGAUCUUGCUACGAACCAUCAAUCACAUCCAUUGCAAGUUUUAUCAAACUUUACCCAAGAGACAACCUGAAACCAUGGAAGCUUUUCACGAGAGAUUCUUGGGAUGGUUUGAGGAAGAAUUCUUUAGACCAAGGAAUAGUCUACCGGUCGUGGGAGGACGUGAAUUUCUACUGGACCCGGAAACUACGCCAGUUGGUAAUCGGUUGGACUUUGGCAAAAGAUUCGGUCCCGUACAAACUUAUUUGAUCAAAACCCUAGCUUCAGAUCUUCCAACCUUCCAGCUGUUUCAGACCUCAAUUACACUUUUGGGAUAUUGGUAUUGCAAAGGAAAUCCGGAAUUCUGGGCACGAAACUUUAGAACUGAAGUCCAGUAUUUCAAGAGACUUUCUGUAGUGCUGAUGGCCGUUGAACCAUAUAGUCCUUGA